GGUGGGAGGAGCUUCCUGCGGCCGCCCGUGCGCUGAGCCCGCCAUGGCGGUGAUGGGGGUGCAGGUGGUGGUGACCCUGCUGGCCGCCAGCCUCAUGCAGAAGAUGGCCCCUCACUGCUCCUUCGCCCGCUGGCUGCUCUGCAACGGCAGCCUGUACCGGUACAAACACCCCUCGGACGAGGAGCUCUGCGCCCUGGCUGGGAAGCAGCGCCCCAAGGCCAAGAGGGACAGGAGGGUGAACGGGGUGCUGGAGGACAAGCCCCUCUCCGUGCCCCGGGACAUCGACCUGCGCCUGGACACCACCCCCAUCACCGCCGUGGAUGCCCUGGUGCUGAGGUACUUCCUGGAGUACCAGUGGUUCGUGGACUUCGCCGUGUACUCCACCGCCGUGUACGUCUUCACCGAGGGCUACUACAGCCUGGCCAGCCCCCCCCGGGAGACCAACCUGGGGGUGCUCUGGUGCCUGCUCACCGUCCUCUUCUCCGUGAAGGUGUUUUUCAUGGUGAUGCGCCACUAUUUCCGCUCGGAGGAGGGGGGGGAGCGCUCCGUGUGCCUCACCUUCGCCUUCUUCUUCCUCCUCCUGGCCAUGGUGGCCCUGGUGGUCCGGGAGGAGCACCUGGAGUUCGGCCUCGAGGCCGGUGGGUAGGGGGGGACGAGGGGAGGCGGGUGGGGGGUGGUCCUGGAGGGGCUGCGGGCACCCCACUCGUGGGGGGGGGUGGUUUUUCUGACGGCUUCCCCCAGGCUCCUGCUCCACCUGAUUUUCCUGGCGCCCGUCCUGGUGGUGGUGAUGUGGGUGAAGCCCAUCUCCCGGGAUUUCCUGCUCCACGCGCCCAUGGGCAAGGAGACGGUGCAGCUCAUGUCGGACUCAGCCUUCGAGAGCGCGCGGCUCUGGAGCAUCGUGGGGCUGUGCCUGCUGCGCCUGCUCGGCGCCCGCCGCCACCUCCAGGCCUACCUGGGGCUGGCCGAGCGCUGGGUGGAGCAGAUGAGGAAGGAGGCCGGGCGGAUCCCGGCCCUGGAGAUCCAGCAGAAGAUCACCAGGAUCUACUGCUACGUCCCCGUGGUCACCCUGCAGUACCUGGGGCCCGUCAUCCUCACCCUGCACUGCACUCUGCUGCUCAAGACGCUGGGACACCUCUCCUGGGGGCUGUACCCGGAGCCCCCCCCGGUGUCCCCGGUGGUGGCGGCGCCGGGCCCGGCGGGCGAGGAGGGCGAGGACGUGCAGGUGGUGGUGCAGCAGAUCACGGGCAUCCUGGACUGCAUCUUCACCCCCCCCUUGCUCCGGGGGCUCUUCUCCUUCCUCACCUGGUGGGUGGCCGCCUGCCAGGUCGUCACCAGCCUCUUCGGCCUCUACUUCCACCAGUACCUGGCGGGGUCCUGACUGGGGGGAGCUGGGACGUGUCCGUGCCCGGCUGCUGCUCCUGCCUUGGCCGGUUCCUCCCCCCUUUGCACGUGCUGGUGGCACCCGUGGACACGUGGGGGGAUGUUUCUGCUGCCGGCUCAGGGCAGGACGGGUUUCGUGCCCGGGUCAGGGUGGGCAUCGCCCGCCCUGUCGCCCGUCACCUCCGUGCCUGCUCCCACCCCCUGCAGCCCCUCUGCCCCCUCCUGACCCAGCGUGGGGACACUCCACUGCUGUGCCCUCCUCGAGGGCAGCAGCAGCUCCUGCCAGCCCAGGUUGGUACCUGCUGGGCAGAGGAGGUGGUGGGGACCUCCAGCACAGACUUUGGGGUGUGCUCUGCCUCGUGUUUGCCUCCGCCAGCUGAGGGUGUUUUUGUAGGGUCUCUGCCAUGGCCAGCUGGGUCAGAGCUCCUUGGCACCAUCCCUGUGCUUCCUGUGAGCCCUCAGGCCCAGCAGCCUCUGCCUUGGCCGGGUUAGGAAUAAAUCAGUGACCCA